GCGUGUGUGAUGGUAACGUAUUGACCCCUUCAUUCUGUAAGCCGUCUCUAUCUCCGUUCUAUCGCUGUCGUUACAAGUAACGCGUCCAGGACAGUAGCGUUUAACGUUCUCUCGCCAAGCAGUUAGUUUCCGAUAGGUGAUCAAUAUGGAAGGUAUAGUAAUCAAAACAGAGAAUCCUACUUCGCCGGAAUCGUUCUGCGACAGAAACUUUUUCGAUGAGCUGGAAACCUCAUAUACAGAGGACAGUCAAGAGCAUAGAUUACAUAACCUUGGGCAGAGAUCGCCAGAAGCAGCUGUCACUGCAGAAAGGGGAGCAUCAAGCCAAUUAGAAAGUCAGAAAUCAAAUUUCUUGGAACAAUGUACGAGUUCUGUGCCCGAGUCACAAGGAGGCGAGUCUCAGGGGACGAGUAAAAACAACCAGAGAUUGUGUCUUGUGUGCGGGGAUGUUGCAUCUGGAUACCACUAUGGUGUAGCGUCAUGUGAAGCUUGCAAGGCUUUCUUUAAAAGAACUGUUCAAGGUAAUAUCCAAUAUGUGUGUCCCGCAGUAAACGAAUGUGACAUUACGAAAAGAAGACGGAAAUCCUGCCAAUCGUGUAGAUACGGGAAGUGUUUAGUUAUGGGAAUGAUGAAAGAAGGAGUGAGGCUAGAUAGGGUGAGGGGAGGGAGACAGAAAUACCACAUCAAGAGAAAACAAGAGUGUUUACCGCCUGCUGAAACUUUGAUUGCCAAGAAAUCAAAAGGGUUUACCACAAUGUCUCUGAAUGAUCAGAUGACACUCCUGCAGAGUGCAUGGAAUGAAGUUUUAAUCCUCGGGUUAGCAUAUCGAUCCAUUCCACACCAGGAUACAUUGGCCUUUGCAGACGACUUUGCUAUGAGCAGAAAUGACAGCAAAGAAGCCAAGGUGGAUCUCCUUAACGAUCUAACGCUAAGACUAACAGACAGAUUCAGAAAACUUAAACUUGACAAGGAAGAGUAUGUGAUACUUAAAGGACUUGUUCUUUGCAAUUCAGAUAUUACACAUCUUGAAGACCCACCAGCCAUUGAACGAGUACAAGACACACUUUAUGAUGCCCUACAUGACCACCUGCAAAGACACCAUGCGUUAGACAAGAGACGAGUGAUUCGACUGCUCUUGACAUUACCACUUCUACGUCAGAUCAGCUCGGCUUCCAUACACCACCUACACCAGUUACUGGGACGUAAGGAACUGCCAUUGAAUCAACUGAUCCAAGAGAUGAUUACUGCCAAAAUUGACCAGGAGGUGACUUUUCUUGAUUCCACAAAACAAUACAACAAUCUGAAAAUGGAAUCAUUAGAUAGAAGUGCUAAGGAUUGA